AUGGCUGCUACGUUCCCUUCCUUGAACACUUAUAUUACAACCAGUAAGCAAAGGUCCAGCGCUUUCAAGCAAUCAUGCUUCCACGAAAACACUGCGGCUCAUCCCCAACCUCUUGAUCCAACGAGCAAUCUAUACUACAUCUAUUCAACACUUCCCUCCUUUACCCUCGUCGACGAUGCGGACUUGGCCAAUCAUAAAUCCGUUGUAGCGGCCGGGCCUCCAUACCAUUUUCCCGGCGCAGGGGCUACGGUCGUAACCUACAUGGACUUCGCAGCAAAUCCUGACCAGAUUGAAGGAUUUUGGCACCGCACCCAGACCGUGGACUACAUUAUAAUGCUAGAAGGGGAGUUGGAGCUGACUCUGGAUGGAGGAGAGUGCAGAGUGGUCAAGAGGGGGGAUGUCGUGAUCCAGCGGGCACCCAUGCACAAAUGGAAGAACCUUAGUGUAACACAGCCAGCGAGAUAUGUAGCCAUAAUACAAGGAGCCGAAGGGGCCAAGGAGGACGGGGUGGAGUAUGGUAAUGGUGUCUAA